CCCCGCCCCUCCUCCCCACAUAGACUCAUCCCUCACUCGGGCACUAUAAAAAGUCUGCUCUGGCUGAAGUUGUUCAGUCUCAUCCAGAACUCCACCAGACUACCAUCAUGAAAUUCGUGGCUCUCGCUCUCGCCCUUUUGAUGGCUGUCGGCUCUCAUGCCGCUGCCCUGCAGGCUGAUUCACCAUCCCAGCUGGAACACAUCAAGUCUGCUGUCGAUAUGUCCCUGGAAUACGCGAAGCACGGUGCACACUAUCUCCUGAAGCCGCUUGAUGACCCUGAGUCCAGGGAGAUCAAGGCCAAACUGACUGAUCACAUUGAGAACUUUUUCAAUCAGAUCCAGAGUCUGCGGGAUCAACCAAUCUUGGUCGAAACCAUCAGACCAGUUAUUACCUAUGUGAACAAUGAUAUUGAAACCAUGAAAAUAAAACUCAAUCCCACGAUAGUGGAGCUGAAAGAUGUCAUCCAAAAACAUGCUGACUACUACAACAUUAUGUUCAGUCCAACCCUCAAUGCGUAUUACGACGCUAACGUAGAAGAGCUUAAAGAACUGAAGGUUACAUUGGAUGGCAUUUGGCAAGGGAUGGGUGACAGCGUGGCUACUAAUGUGGAAGAGACCAAGGACAAACUGAUACCCAUUGUGACCAUUUUGAGUGAAAAGGUCAAAGAGGAUCUGGAAAGGGUAAAGACAAUUGCUGAUCUCUACGUCAAAGAAUACAGUGAACAGAUUGUGCAGGCCUACAAGAAUUCCGAAAUGCCAUCAACACCGGCUUUUGAACAAAAGUCGAAACUCAAAGUUUUAGCCAUGAACAUCAAGAAAAAUCUUGAGGAAAUGUUCAAGAUCGCCACUAGUACCGGCGAAAUGUAAUAAAUCCUCUCUACCCCUAUUCCUGUAACUAACCUCACCUACCUGUCAGUCCUAGAUCCAUUCCAUCUUUCUCUCCAUUCCUUCUUUCCUCACAUGUGCAUCCAGACCACCUCCCAAAAUGAAGCCAAUGUCUAAUUGAUGCACUUCUUUGCAACAAAUUGGCGGGACUCUUCCUCUCUCUAUACCAUGCGCACACCUUAGUGCGCACAUGCUCAAGCACACGCAGGCAAACACAUACAUAGACACCAGCCACCAGCCACAUACAUACUCGGCACACAUGCUUUACUUUUCGCAUACCAUAGCCAACUGCUUACAUGUUGUGUAGGAAUUGUAUAUGAAUUAACACAAGUGCCUGAAUCUCUGUGUUGUGAUGCUUGUCUGAUGAAAACUGUGCUUUGACGAAAUACAGCUCAAUAAACAUCUGACUGUUAAAACUA